AUGAGCAGUGAGCACCAGGCUGCCUGCACAGUUCUCAGCCUCCCAGGCCCACCUGGCCGCUGGGGAAUGUGCAGUGGAAAAUACAAGCAGUCUUUCCGCGUCGAUAGUGCUUUCACAACCACGGCGAAUGUUCCUAAAACCCGCCAAACUUUCUGCAAGAUUACCCAGUAAAAGAAAGGCAAAGAUUCUCUUUAUGCCCAGGGAAAGCGGUGUUAUGACAGGAAGCAGAGUGGCUAUGGUAGGCAAACUAAGCCGAAUUUCCGGAGAAAGGCUAAAACUAUAAAGAAGAUUGUGUUGAAGGUUGAAUGUGUUGAGCCCAACUGCAGAUCUAAGAGAAUGCUGGCUAUUAAGGGAUGCAAACAUUUUGAACUGGGAGGAGAUAAGAAGAGAAAGAGCCAAGUGAUCCAGUUCUAAGCCUCAUAUU